AAACCGACCGACCGGCCGUCACUGGAGUCGCUCUCGUCGCACUCCUCGUUCGCGUUGGGUGCUUUGAAGCGCUGUGCUUGUCAAAUUAGAGACAUGUGUAACCAGCAAAGGAAGUGUCAUGUUUAGUGUCAUCGUUGUCACGGUCGUGCUAAGCGCAAGCUAGCUGUUUACAUCGUGAAGUACAAAACUUUUGCCGCCAUGUUUCAAAUGAGCAGUUUCAAGUGCCCGUCCUGCGCUUUGGCCUAUACGACAAGAGAGCAGCGAGGCAAUCGACUGCCCCGAAUAUUAAAAUGUGGUCACACGUGCUGCGAGGCUUGUAUAAGAAGCCGUGCGUCAUCGAACCACGUGUGCGAGUGCCCUGUUUGCAAGGAACAGCAAUCCUUUGCCGACAGCAGCAGCAUCCAGGCACUGUUGCUCGAUUCGUAUGUUUUGGGCAUUGGAGCAGCCUGCAGGCCGCAGCAAGUGCCCAUCCGAGGACUCAAGAUGGAACCUUUUAACUUAACUAUGACGAGUGCCAUUCAGAAUAAGGAGGCCACUGGCGCAAUACCUACAGUUAUCUGUGAUGAAUGUGGCCAGCGCCCAGCCACCUGCAGGUGUGAUACAUGUCCGUCAAACUUCUGCAAGUUCUGCUUUGACCAGCUCCACAAGAUGGCAAAAACAAUGCGUAAGCAUCAGCCCAAAAGCCUGACUGCAGUAUCAACUGCUGUAGAGACUACAAUGUGUGAAGUGCAUAAGCGACUGCUGGAGUUCUUUUGCACAACGGAUGAGAAGCUGAUCUGCACUUUCUGCGUAGUCAUGGGGGAGCACAAGCAGCAUGAAGUCGUAUCUGUGCUGGAUCAAAACAAGAAAUCCAUCUCGGAACUAAAACCAGCACUGGAUGAAGCUAUGAAGCCCUACCUUGCCAUGAAACGAACUGUCAAAAAACUUGAGACCGUGUGCAAGAGCUCUGAUGACCAUUACAAGAAACUGGUGCAAGAUAUUCAAUCUGAAUUUCAGCACCUGCACUGCCUCCUGCAGCUUCGCUCAAACCAGUUGUUAACGGAGCUGAAGAAAGCUAAUGAACAGUGCUUGCAUGGAAUGCAGGAGCAGCUGAAGGAUCUGACAUCAAAAAUGCAAGAAUUCAAAGCAUUGCAGAAAGAAGUUAACUCUGCAGUUGCCACCAAUACACAUCAAAAUGCCACACACCUUGUGGAGCGGCUGAAGUCAUUCAGCAAUAUUUCUUGCUUCCUUCUGGGGGAUCUCGAAGAUGACAAGCUUGACCUCAAAGUGACGUACGAUUCAUCACUGAAGGAAUUGUUGAAGUCACAUGGCGACGUGCAGUUCACGCCUCCAGAAAAAUUAUCCCUUGUGUCUGUGAAAGACCUACCUGAGGGUUAUGGGGAGGAUGAUCAGGAUGACACAGAUGCUGAAUCAGAAUCUUCCAGUGAGAAGCAGUCUUUGGAUGAGCAGUCGCCAGCACCAUCAAGCAUCUCUGGUGACGAUUUGCCUCGGCUAGCACCUGUAGCAGAACCAUUCAACAACAAGCGAGUGAUGGUGUCGCACAUUCGGGAUCCCGGCAACUUCUAUGUGCAGCUAUGCUCCUUAGCUGUGAAGCUGCAACGAAUGCAAAAUGAGAUCAAUACAUACUGCAUGACACAGGAUUCUAGGCUGCGGACUGAGGAGGAGGUCAAAGUCGGGGGGCUGUACUUGGCACAAUUUCAUAUGGACAACAACUGGUACCGUUGCCGAGUGCAGCGCGUGCUUUCAAGUGACAUGUGCCUUGUUGAUGGAACAAGCUUCAGGCAAAGCACUGCCAAUGUGGAGGUGUUUUAUGUGGACUACGGCAACUCCGAGGUGGUCCCUUUGACUAGGCUGCGGCGCAUGUCGCCUCGUUUUGAGAGGCUGGGUCAUUUGGCGAUCAGGUGCUGUCUCUACAACGUGAUGCCUAAAAGUGACGGACGCUGGAAAAAGGAAAACAAUGCUCUAUUCGGGAAGCUUACAAUGAACAGAAAGUUGAUUCUCAGGGAGGUCCAGCGCCAGCCCGACCUUCUCUUUGUGGACCUCCUCGAUGACAGUGAAGGCGGCUGCGGUGACGUCCGAACCUCCGUCACAGAUGCACUAGUCUUUUUAGAUGCUGCAGCCUACCACCUGCCUGGUGGCAGCAAGUCAGAGAAAUCUCAAGCGAGCACUCGUCGCCAGUUUUAUUCACCCACUGAUCUCUGUGCUGGCCAGAUCGUCAAUGUCAUUGUCAGCUGCAUCCACCAUCCGCACAAGAUGUUUGUACAAGAGCUUGGCUCCACUGUGGAAGGGAUGCAGAAAAUGCUUGGAGAAUUGCAGCAUUUCUGCAACGUAGAAAGCACCGAGUUGGACAUAUUAUUUUCACCUGAAGUUGGUAUGGUCUGCUUGGCGAAGUUUCCUCAUGACCACUUGUGGUAUCGCGGUCGUGUGGUCAGCCUACAUGGGAAGUCUCAUGUGGAUGUGUUCUAUGUCGACUACGGAAAUCAGGAACGGGUGCCUAUUAUGUGGGUUCGCCGCAUACCGGACAAGUACAUGCACCUUCCUAUCCAGGCUAUUCCCGUGACACUCGCUGAUUUGGCCCCAGUUUCGGAUUCGUGGUCUGACGAGGCAACCACAAGACUGUCAAAAUUGACCUUGAGCAAACACCUGUUGAUGAAAGUUCAUGCAAACAGUGAAGAAUUCCAGCGUGCAAAAGUGUCACUGUACGUACCGGGCAAGGAGGACACAGACCUGUGUGUGAAUGCUGUACUAGUCAAAGAAAAUCUUGCAGCUAGCACUGGACCUCUAUCUCUCGUGGAAGACGUGCCUACCCUUAAAGCACAUAUGAUCGUCCGUCCAAAGCACUCCAUUGUUCAGGCUUACGAGGAAUCCAAAGUAGAAAGCAGGCGGCAGAAGCGGCUGGCCGCCACCAUGCCAGGUCUCGCACCACCACCCGUUGACCUGGUACAUCGACUUCAACAACACGCACCUCAGCUGCGUGCUGAGAUGCGUCCCGAGCUGCGUCCCGAGCUGCAUCGCGAGAUCCGUGCCCCAAGCCGGAGACCCGCCACAGCUCUGAUGGCUGCUCUGCAAAUGCACAUGGCUGAGCCUCCCAAGGAACCUGACGCGGAUGAACGUCCGAAGGAGGACUAUGUGCCAGUUCAUGUGACUUACCCAAAGUCCCCUGCCCAUUUCUAUGUGCGGCUUCUGGAGGAGAGAAAGAGUUUCAAGGCUCUUUCCUCUCGUCUGCAAAGUGCUUGCGAUGGUGGCAGAGAAACCAAGGAUGAUUGGGAGGUUGGGCAGUGGUGUGCAGCUAUGGGCUCCAGCUAUCAUUGGAUGCGAGCCAAGGUUGUGGAAGUGGAAGAGGAGGAACUCCACGUGUUUUUUGUCGACAGUGGCAUGCAGGUUGUUAUGCCGAAGGCCGAAGUCGUCGUGUUGCCAGCGGCUCUGGCUCAGCCACCACCGUUUGCCCGAGUGUGUCAUCUGGCCAACAUGAUUCCCGCGGGAGGCAGCAAGAGCUGGUCCAAGACUGCGGAGGAGUGCUUUGCUGAGCAGCUGUCCAGGGGGAACAAGACCUUCAUGGUUCAGCUUGGGGAGGAGCUGGAUGACUCUCUUCCAGUUGAUGUCAUGGUGGAGGAAGUGAUUGAGGCUGGUGCCUUGGAGCCAAUGCGCAAAGAGUACAGAAGUGUGAGGGAGGCAUUGAAGGAAAUGGGCUACGGCUUCAUUUCCAAAAAGAGUAGCUCAAAGACAGAGUCGGCUGCAGAAUCGGCAGAGGCCACUCGUUCGAGUAUAGUGAAGACCACUGGGGACAGAGAAGCUGCUCCUUCGAGCAGCAAAGUGCAGACCGCUAGUGACAGAGAGGCUGCUCCUUCGAGCAAAGUGGAUGCCAUGGGUGAUAGAGAGACUGCUUCUUCGAGCAAAGUGAAGAUAGUUAGCGAUGCAGAGAUCACUCCUUCACGCGAGGUGAAGACCACUGGUGACGGCAGUCCAGAUGCACUCAAAGAGCCUGUGGUGUCCAAGAAUGUUACAGAAAAUUCCGCAUCUUCACAAAGUGAGGAGCCAGGGCCAGCAAGAGCAGACAGUGCACCUGAUAAGGUCUCGCAUCCUGAGGAAGUUGUUUCUGCUGCACCAUCUGUGAGUGGCAAAGAGGUUUCCACUGUGCCCUCUACAGAAGUUGAAGAGGUUUCUCUGACAGCAUCUACAAAUGUUGAAGAGGAAUGCACUAAACCAGCCUCAAAAGUAGAAGAGAGCACAGAAGUUGAAGAGGCUUCUCCGACAGCAUCUACAAAUGUUGAAGAGGAAUGCACUAAACCAGCCUCAAAAGUUGAAGAGAGCGAUACUGAACAGGACGAUGCAGUAAUUUCAAAGGGCUGUAACAAUGUGGCUGUUGGUUCUCCCGCAUCAAAUGGUACCGAGGCAGUUGCAGCACAGUUGGACGGCGCAGCAGAUGAGGCUGCUCACUCUGAGAAAAACGAAUACAAGGAUGCAGUAGAAGAUGGAAGCAUAACAAAUUCGUCAUCUUCAGAGUGCUUGAGUGAUGACAUUCUGGAUAACACCGAUUUUCUUGUGAUCCAGGACGAUCAGCCGCUAUUCAAAUGGCGUCCUCGACCCUUCCCCAAGGAGAAGCAGCUGAUGGUGAUGCCGUCACACAUUGAUGAAGAUGCUGUGAUCUACGUUCAGAUAAUUGAGAAGGAGGAGCUAGAGCGCUACAAGGUAAUGAAAGAGACGAUGAACAAGGCGUACUGCGAUCGAUCGAAGCCCCAACAUCGCACCUUGCGCAUUGGGCAGGCCUGCAUUGCACGUUUCUCCCUGGACAAGAUGUACUACCGGGCGGUCAUCUUGAACUCUGGAGAAAAAGGCAUCGAGGUCCGAUUCGUUGACUACGGCACAUCUGAAUAUGUGAGCCCUGACGGCAUCUUCACUGACUUGAUGUUUGAGGAUGUGCCUAUACUGUGUCUGGAGGUGGAGUUCUAUGGCUUGAAGCCUUUUUCAAGCACGGGAAGCUGGCCGCUCAAAGUUCUGGACACUCUGCACUACAUGGUGGUGGAACAAAACUGUUCUAUGGUUGUGAAGGCGAGGCCCACCAAGACGUCGCGUGCCAAAGUGCAUCUCUUCUUGCCUGAUGGAGUGUCACUCUAUGAGUUUAUGCUGGAGGCUGGCUUGGCCUGCAAAACCAUAGAGGAGCUGCCAGCUGAAAUCGAUGAGGUGACUGAUCUCAUCCCCUGUCCUUAUAAGACCUUGGAAUUUCCUGAGGAUGGGGUGUUUCCCGUCAUAGUAACAAACUUGGAUGAUGCUGACCUGGGCUGCAUCCAGCUUGCAAAGUUUGCUCAUCCGUCGAAUGACGAGCAAGAAGCCAUUAAUUGCUCGAUUGACGCCUUCAGUGCCAUGGCAGAGGCUUUGCAAAAAGAGGCCGAAGACUGUCCUCUUUUGCUGGACACAAGUUUAGGCACAGCAUGCAUAGGCAAGUACGGCUACGACAAACUGUGGUAUCGUGGUAUUGUGACUGGCGUUAAGAAGAAGAAGGUGACAGUCUUCUACGUUGACUACGGGAACAGCGAAUCCAUCUUGAAAGAAGACUUGCGUGUGCUGCCGGCCAAGUUUCUGGACAUUCCCAUGCAAGCAAAGGCCUGUCGCUUUCAUGGUGUCACCAUUGUCGGCGACAGAAGCAAAGCAAGGUUGAUGAUGUCCGACAUUCUCUUUGAUGACAAAAUUGGCUGCCUUGCCAGAAUCAAGAACAAGGAUAGUGAUCCAAUUGAAAUAGACCUGAUGAACUCUUCCUUGGAACUCAUCUACCAGCCUCUGGCUGAUGAUGGAUGCAUCACAAUUGAAAGAGAGCCGUGAAGUGCUUCAAGGCCAGAGCACAAAGCAAGUCAGCUUCAUUGACUGUGCCUCAUUUUGUACUGCCUGAGCAACAGACUUCGAGCAAGAAGGUUGUUGCUCGAUACUGGUCCAUAGUUAAGUUUUCCUUUCAAUGUACUUCAGUUUUGUGUGUGCAAGAGAAACAACAUCCCUUGUAAAUCUGAGCAUCUGUUCCAAUCAUGGCUUGUUUUAUUCUUCAGCUAAGACUGCAUCUGGAUAUUCCAUGUUCUUCGUUCAUUUCCUGCCGCUGUGAUCUGUAUUAAAAGGUGGUUUAUUUUUG